AUGAGUCAACAAGCUGGGCCAUCGCACCCCCUUCUUAGCUCUAACGACGAGGAACCUCACGGACUCUCUGGGCUUGAAUCUGACAGUGAUCUUUGGUAUGACCAUCAGUUGCUUCUCUCGUGGAUGCAAAACAGGAACGCGUCUCCUCAGUCUGAAAUGGAGCCUCCCCCUGAAAUCCCGGACUCCCUCAAAGGUACUGCUGAUCCCAAUUCUCCAGUGGCAGUUGACUUUGCAUCACUCUUUAAAGAGGAUGUCGAAUACAACCCGGCCUACAUGCCCUUUAUCGAUAGCCUGCCUCCCGACGGUACCGACAAGGAUAAAGUUCGCCUUUGGCUAAGGACCUGGUUUGAAUUCAGUGAUAUUUUCGCAUCUGAUAUCGGUGUUGACAAGUUCCUGGAUACCAUCCCUCUCACCGGUAGAGAGCUCAUCAUCGCGAAGAGUUACCCGCUCUGGUCGUACCUCCAGUCAGGUAAUGAGAUUUGUCACGAUGGAAAGAUAUAUGAUCUUGAAAUCAUCUACGGAUUCUUCGGUGAUAUCCAGAGAGCACGGGUUGUCAGCGCCAUCAAGAGAGGCGUCCCACGAGCUCAAGAGGCCUACAGGGAAUCAAUGAUCGUGAAGAGAAUCAUUAAGGCGACCAAUACAAAGAGGGAUGCUGAGAAGUUGUCGGAAAGCCUGGCGACGAUGAGCUUGGAAGAAAAGGACGAGAAGCGCAGCGAAAUUCCGCAGGAGGCUCCAUAUGGACAACUGCCCUGGCUUUCUAACCGUAGCAACACAAUGUUCAAGGACAAAUCCAGCGGCCUUGGCAACCUGGCAACGAACGCUGGUUUCGAAAGUGAAGUUCAGAAACCUAAGGAUAAACCCAACGGUUUUGGUACCAUGAUAAUGAACGCCAGCACCCACGCAGCGGAAGUUGUAGGCUUGAAAGGCAAAGACAAGCCGCCCAAGGCAGACCAAGCUCCAAAGACAAAGAUGUCCAAAGCAGAGCGCAAGCAUGCAAGAACAAGACAACACCUCCAGGGCAGGAACAAGAAAAUGCCGGGCAAGGUCAAACUCGAACAUCUUGAAGAGGAUGGCUGA